AUGCCAGACGAUACGUCGCAUUCACGGAAUUCUUCUGGUGAAAACAAUUCCCAGCUGACAAAUACGAACAACAAUAAUGAAAACCAACUGACUAAUAGAAACAGAAAUUUUGCCUCCCAGAAUUCAAACACAACCACAAAUGAAAAUAACCCCAAUAGACGUCACCGGAGAGAUCUAGGGAUAUUUGACAGGUUCAUGGAUACGUUUUUGAGAGGUGCCAGACUGCGCAACAAUAACAAUAACAGCGACAACAGGAACAAUAGAAGUCCUUCCCCCAUUAGAAAUGAAAUCACGGAAUUGAUGAAUAACACUACAGAUCCAGACACAGAGACAAAUCAAAGAGGAGAUGGUGGAGAAGAGAGCAGUCGUUCUACUCAACCUCAACCGAGCGGCCCAGCUACCGGUGAUGAUGACCCAGAGCGUGCUAUUAUUAUAACUGUUAACUAUGUGUUUUCCGACGAGAACAGACCAACAGCACCGAAUCGUUCUGGUUCCUUAAUAAUGUCUUUGCCAAACAAUGCGUCUAAUCGUGAACCAGGUGCGAUCCAAGAAUUCAUAAGGCUUGCUACUCAAAUGGCAUACUCAUCAAUCAUAAAUGGGCUUCAUCAAGAGAAGGGUACCACAUUAGAGAAGUUUAGAACAUUUACUGAGGUUGCUCGAAAAGAUUUGGGUGAAAUUGAGACCUGCUCUAUAUGCUUUGAAAAGUUUGAACUCCUUGAACAAGAGAAACAAGAGGAGGAAUUGCAACCAGAUGAUGAAAUGGUACAUCACAAGAAAAGACGGCUUUUUGAUGAGUCUUCAGUGACGACCUCAAGUUCUUCAAAUUCAAGAGAUCAUGAGCCUGCGGGUGGAAGAGGUGGUGAAGCAACUAAUAAUAGAAACCCGGUGUUCUUGAUUGAUCAUGUGGGAGAAUUCGACCAUGUUCCAAUAAGAAUGCCCUGUUCCCAUGUCUUCGGAAAGGAUUGUUUGUGUGAGUGGCUCAAGUCUCACACUACCUGUCCCUUGUGUCGUUUUUCAGUAGCAGAGGAGAAUUCUCAGUCAAAUAACGAAGGAAGAAAUGUUUCCAUUUUUACCAUUCCAGCCGAGUCUGAGUCGACUUCCCUCGGAAACGUUUCAGUUCGAAACAGUAUUGUUCGGACCCCUACACUAGCUGAUACUAAUAGGAGUGGAGACAGCACUGAUAGAAUGCAUUAUUUUGGAUUUUCACCUACCACAUCGUCUCAAGGUUUGGAAACACCGGCUCCUAGCUCAAAUACUGCGUCAGGAUCCCCGCAACAACCUUUAAGAAGAAUUUUCAGGGCUACUCGAUCUAGACGAGAGCGAGAAUUUAGAUUAUCCCAAGAGUCCCGAAAUGACAUUCCGUUUGCAGAAGUCGUUGAUUAUAUUCCAGGACACGGAUCUGGUCUGAGACUGCCAGAACCUUUGUUCCCUAUUGGUAUGACGAGCCGAAGAACGCCAAAUGGAAUAGAAACAAGACUGACUGAUCAACUCGAUGAGGAUAAUAAUCAUGGUUCAAACGAUAGGGACGACAAUUUGAAUAUGAGAAGUCUCUUUGAUGCGUCGCCGAUGCCGCAGGCCAGAAAUGAAAGGGACAGUAAUGAUGACAACGACGAUGUUCGUGACAAUCAGAAUUCAAAUAAUCAAAGAUGA